CAUAUUUCCGGUAUAGGUUGCAGGGAAACGAACGCUUCUGGAGUUCUGACUGUUCUAAGGAUUGCGCAUUUUCCGUAGGCCUAUACUAGGAGGCCUAUUAUUUUCUGAGGCCUAUUGAUGAAACUCGUCUUCUGUGUCAGACUAUAGAUACUCCUGAAAAUAUUUAAAAGCCCCAGUGAAGGAUGAAUGUGACAGUUCUUGGACGGAUCCGGCCGUCAACAGCUGCAGGCAAUGAGAGUUCCGCAUCGUACUCCAACAGCAAUGGACAAACAUCGCUCAGCUUUCAGACCCUGUACAAACAAGGAGACACCAACAGGGUUAUUUACAGCGACGCGAUCCUCUCCAUGGUCAACCUCUUGGGGGCGGGCUUCAACUGUAGCGUGCUGUGCUUUGGCGAGGCCCGUUCGGGCAAGAGCUAUACGUUGGCUGGGGAGGGAACCGGCCAACCUGGCAUAAUUCAGAUGGUACUGAAGGAUCUGUUUAAGGACGUGGACCGGUUAAAUGAAAAUGGGCCGUCCGCCUAUGUGAAGAUUGGCAUGUACGAGUUGUACAAUGAGAUCAUACGAGAUUUGCUGAGUUUUGAUCAACAAGGUGCUGUCUGUGAGCUUGGCGUCAACGCUCAGGAGGGUGUUUACGUCAAGAAUCUAACGGAGGUUGCUGUGACAAGUGCUGAAGAUGCCAUAUCUGCAUUUCGUAGCGGUUGGCUGGCACAGAACUCCCAGAAUACGGACUACGGAGAAGCUGGCAGUAGAACGACAGUGGUGACUAGAAUCCAUCUUACACAAGAGAGAGAUGAGUACAGCUAUCCAUACAAGUCUAGCUUCACCUUUGUGGAUCUCCCUGGAGCAGAGAAGCUUGCUGCUGAUCCCAAAGCUCUGAAGAGAAAGGAAGGAGCCCUGUUGAAUAAGUCUAUCUUAGCUCUGGGAGAUCUGAUUGAAGAUUUAGCUAGUAAACCCGGUGCUGAAAGAAUCGUGCCGUAUGAGGCCUCUAAACUGACCAAUCUCCUGCGAGAUGUCCUGGGAGGUAACUGCAACACCAAGGUCAUAGUUCACCAGAAGCCGCGGUCUGACCCCAGGGUCACCCAGGCCGUGCUGAACGCGGCCGAGUAUUUCUCCAAGAUCACAAACUUCUGUCUGUUGAAUGAUACAGCAGCUCAGGGCCUCGUCACACAGUACCGUGCCCAGUCACUCAACCAACAGGGGCAGCAAGUUGGCCCCUCCGCACCGGCCGUGUUUGACUCUGACGACCUAGCUGGAACCACCGCGAAAUUGAAAAAGGAAAAUAUGAAGCUGAAGGAGGAAGAGGGCUACCUGAGGCGGAGACUCGACCAAAUGGACAGUCGCCUCGGUGACGUUGCCAUGGCAAAGACGGAUUUAUCGGCCAAGCUGAUUAGUAACGAGGAAGAGCGACUGAAGGUUUCUAAGAUGCUGGUUGAUCUACAGAUUGAGAACAAUCGCAUCAAAGAGAAGGCGUCGCAGGAAAUAUUUGAGCUGAACAACAAGCUGAUGUCCAUAGACAGUGAUUACAGACAAGUCCUGAUGACAAAAGAACGGCUGGCAAAGGAGUCUAGGCUUGCCCGGGAGAGGUUGGAUCUGAUGGACCGGGAACGGCAAGAGUUAGCUGACAAGUACGUCCUGAUGAAGGCGGACUACGGUGCCUUGGCAGAAAAAUACGACAAUGAGGUCAGCCGUAACCAGCAGUUGGGCUUGGAGUUGCUGAAUUUACUGAACGCCAAGGUGACUCUGCUGAAGCAAGAGGAGAACCUAGCACGAGCCUCGGUCCACAAGAGGGAACAGACGGCCGAGGAGUUGCGACGAGCAAGGGACAUCGCGUUGGGACUGAGUAGACAAAAAGAACGUGCUGAUGAAAUCGGUGCAUCGGACCUGGACAGGCGAGAACUACAGAAUAAGCUCUUUGGAGAUCACGACAGAAUGAGGAGUGAGUACGAUAAGAUGAGGAGCCAGUAUGACGACCAACAGGACAAACUUCAAAACAGGAUAAUGGAAUUAAAUGCAACUCUGAAGACUGCCAGACAGACAACAAGAGAUUGCCAACACAAACUGGCUCAGCAAGAAGUGGAUCUCAUUUCUUCCAAGGAGAAGGUGAAGGAAUGGGCAGUGGCUAACAGCCGAUUGCAGACCCAACUGAUGGAGAAGAACGAAGAGAUGCGAUCCCGCCUCACUAAAUACCUGGAGGACAUCGCUGAAUUUGUUGAUGACCGAGACGCCAUCCUCAAUCGUAAGAUGGAGGACAACCUCUCUAACUACGUGAGGACCAUGAUGAAGGACAUGAAGGACACGUACAAGGCACGGGAGAAACAGCUGAGUGAUGCGGCCAGAGACUUCAAAGCUAAGAUGCAGUCCGUCGGCAAGAGGCAUGAACAGCUGCUGGUUGCUUACAGAUUCCUGAGAAAACAGGUGCAGAAAGGUGAGAUCGGCGAUAUAGAUCUCGGUCCCGAAGAAGAAGAGCUAACCCUCAAAGACGACGAGGUGGAAACUGCAAAUCGCCGCGAGAUCCGACGAUUGAUGGAGGCAUUGAUGGAGGCUCAAAAGAAGCAAAGGCCUGCUGAGUCUGACAAAAGCGGAGGCUGGAAUGAGUUCCAGAAGAAACUGGGAGAAUUCACCAGCACGACACAGCAAGAACUUGAGAGCGAGAGAGCGUCCCUGAUGUCAACCAAUGCAAUCCUGGAAGAACAGCUGGCCGAAUGUCAUGACUACAUCGACAGACAUCUCAACAAGUAUCGAGAGGAGAACACCUCCUUAAGACGAAUGCUUGGGAUGAAGGAUCGAGAUGGAAGCCCCUACGAGGAGCCCCCGAUACCCAGAGGACAGAGAGCUGGCUAUGCUAGACACGCUGGGCCAUCGUUCACUCAACCGAACUGGCAGUACUAAGAUACAGGUCGGUCCUUACAUGUGGAUACAGACCAGUACAUAAAUGGCUACAGAGUGGGUUGGAGCUCCCCUCUAGUAAGCUUCUGAAUUGUUCUUGCAUGCUUCGGACAACUCUGAGUAUACAGUGUUUAUAAACUCACGUCGGUGAAUAAAGAGUAAAACUUAGUUCUGAAUAUAAACGAUAAGUAUUCUCACUUUAAAGGGAAUGUACAACAUUUGCUUUUGCUGCAUUUUUCAGAAAUAAAUGGAUUUGGAGGAUUAGUAUGUUAUAGCAAAUAUUGUUAAACUGUCUUGUUUCAUGUUUUUGGUUUGUAGAUGCUGGAAAAAAACAAUCAUGUUAUUGUAGUCUGGUUCCCUGACCGCACUUAAGAUGAAUCAAGCAGUUCAUAGACUUUGGGGAAUUGUAAGGUCAGAGAAUCAGUCUAGCAGGCUUGUACCCCAUCACAGGUGUGUAAUCAAUUACAAAGAAAAUGCGGAAUAACUAAAUAAGAAAAAUAGGAG